AUGGAUCCAUUUACCAAAGCUCAAUUUGCCACGUCGUCGCGUUUAGUAUCCUGUCUCGUCACCGAAUCUCUCUCCAGAGCCCUGUACUACAAGUUUCCUCUCCCGACUCCACCAAGUCCUGGUGGUAUAACAGGAUUCUGUGUCCUCCUAUCCGGCACCUUAUCCUCUCAACCACCACGAUCCCUCAAUGAACCAUAUAUAUUAUCUUCCGAUGUCCUAGCAAUAGUUUUGCUCGCCCACGUUCCGGUAUUCAAACACGAUGGUACGGAUCUGCGGGGACAGGAGAUUGGCCUGCUGGAUCCAAUGGAUAUGAUUCGUGCCGCUCCGCUGAAGGUUCGGGCUGAUUCUGGGGAAGCAGAAGGAGGAGUGGCUGAUAGUCUAUCCAAGUCAAUUCUAUCCACACUCUCCUCCUCUUCCGGAUGGCAAUUCCCCACUGAACAAAUAACCCUCGUGUCAUCCCCAGAUCCUCUUGUCCUCUGGCGCGAUUUCGCAUCGGGCUUUGCCGGAGUCGAGGAGUCCACCAUCAUUGACAUCGCUGAAGAGUUUCAAAGUUCCGUUAAAUGGCAACAACACUCCUACCUCCACCCACCCAAAGCACCAACAUUCCCUUCCUCUCCAAGCAUCGAAUGGGAACAAUCCAUUGUCGAAGGCCACCCAACCCAUCCAAUGCACAAAACCCGUAUGUUCCUCCCUCCGAUGCGGGAUAUCACCGACGACGACACGUAUGAUUUGUAUAACCCUCAACUCCGGUUCAUUGCCCUCCCAAAAUCGAGUUUACAUAUAACAUAUGACUUUGAGGAACUCACUGACCCGCUGAGACGGAGUGCUGCUGAAGCUGCCGCCGCCGCCGCUGCUGCGUCUGACCAAGUCCAAAAAUUCCUCACACCCACAGGUGAAAUGUCUAUCCCCCCCUCCCACCUCGUUAUCCCAAUCCACGAACUCCAAAUCCCUCAUAUCGAGGAAAAGUUCCCUGAUGCACUCAUCUACCCUGAACAAUUCAAACUCCCGCUUCAAGCUCAACAGAGUAUUCGUUCCGUCAUUCUUCCUUCCUUCUCCUCUUCUUCCUCUUCCUCUUCCCCUUCCCAUCUCUCGUUCUCUUCCCCCUCCGGUUCCUCCGGUCCCUCAGUUCCCCUCGCCCUUAAACUCAGCGUCGGCAUCAAGCUCACCUCUGCAAUCCGCACCAUCUCCCCUGCUUCGGCCUUCCUAGGACCAAGGUUCUCCAAGCAUGUUAUUCCACGUAUAACAGCUGGUAAUACCAAGGGUACCGUUACAGGCAAUGGUCUGGGCAACGGUAAUGCAACGGGUGAGGGUACAGGUAACAAACAGGGUAGCCCCAUCAAAGCCAUCGACCCCUCUAUCCUCACCGUCGCCAAAGAACUCGCCUCCGUCGUAUCUACCCACCCCGACCCCGAUAUCGCUAAAUUCUGCGCCGCAAUCGUGCGUGAGGCACACGAUGUGGACUAUGAAGCCAACGUUGGUGAGAGGUUGAUCGUAUGCACGGCUUUAGUAGAAACCGGGCACUCCCCCUCUUCCUCUGACCCAGCCCUACUCCGAAUCCUCCCCCUCCCCACCAAACAAACCAAACUCACAUUCCUCACGUCCUACACCACCCUCCUCUUCCGCGCCUUUCUCCCUCCCGCAAUCCACCACGGCGUUGCCUUCGAAGCCCACCCCCAGAACUGUCUCGCGCGGUUCGAUGUGGCGACAGGGGAGUUGCUCGGGUUCGUCAUACGGGACUUCGGGGGAAUCCGAGUCCACGAGGCUACCCUCAUAUCUUCUCUCUCAACCUCAAGCUCCUCUGAUUCCGCGUCCGAGGAUCCAAAUGGCAAGCUAACCCAAUUCGAGUCCGAAAUCGCAUUAGCAGGACACAGCAUCCUCGCCCCCUCCCUUGAGGAGGUAUACACCCGGCUCUACCAUACCCUGAUUCAUAAUCACUUGCAGCAGCUUAUCCGUGUCUUGGAGUUACACUACGAUGGCACCGGGUGGGAGGUGGUGAGAGUGUGUUUUGGGGAAGUUGUUGGGAGAGAGGAGAGGGAAGGGAGGGGACGUGGGUUGUGGGAGGCUUGGAUGGGGAGUGAUAAGGAGAGAAGAGAGACGGUGGAAGGUAAAUGCUUCAUGAGGAUGAGGAUGCAGGGCAUGUAUCGAUUCCACCUUCAUGGACCGUUCCCGAAUUUGCUUCAUUAUAGAGGUGUAGGUGUGGAAGAUGAUGCAACUGACUCAGAUGACUUAAACGAGAAGGGAGAGGAAGAAAGUUGGGAAGAUUUGCGAGAAGAUGAAGAGAAUGAGGAGGAUUGGAUUGGAGGUGUAUGUUAA